AUGCAACCCAAAUUGCUAGUCUUCAUCUUUCCAAAGCGACAGUUCACCGGCCGAAUGCUCUGGAUCGCCUCACCGGAAUGCAGUCUCCAUCGGCUGCCGUCUCCCGAACCGACGCCCGAGACAACUCCAGACGAGGCUGUUGUGCCCAGUCGGACGGGACGUUGUGUUGGCACAGCGCUGACUGCGCCUCCUUCGCGGACAGCCAACGAGGCGAGAAGAUGUCCAGCCUCUGGCUCGACUUCCGCUCCGGCCGGCAGAGCUGACAUGGACCGGGGCGGUCCAGAGGUGGUGAUCUGGCGAAAGACCAUCGGUCAGGGGCCCAGCUCGGCGGCCGAGACUGCGAUCGAGCCAGCGAUCGCCGGACAGCGAACGGAGACCAACGCGAUUGAGCAGAUCUUGAAGCAGAGAGGACAGGGUGCAUGA